GCAAGGACCCGCGCUUUUCAGUCGAGCCGCCACGGGACCGGACCGGGCCUGGCGUCUGUGUAUACAACACGCACGCGCACUGUGCCCAGCAUGAGGGUCGCGGCUCUGAUCAGUGGUGGGAAGGACAGCUGUUACAACAUGAUGCAGUGCAUUGCUGCAGGGCAUCACAUUGUUGCACUAGCAAAUUUAAGACCGGAUGAAAACCAAGUGGAGUCAGAUGAACUGGAUAGCUACAUGUAUCAGACAGUGGGUCACCAUGCCAUUGACCUGUAUGCUGAAGCAAUGGCUCUGCCCCUGUACCGCAGAACCAUCAAAGGAAGGAGCUUAGAAACAGGAAGGAUGUAUACCAAAUGUGAUGGUGAUGAGGUUGAAGAUCUCUAUGAACUAUUGAAACUCAUUAAGGAAAAAGAAGAAAUAGAGGGAGUAUCAGUAGGUGCUAUACUUUCUGAUUACCAGCGUGUCCGAGUAGAAAAUGUAUGUGAACGGCUUGAUCUCCAGCCCUUAGCUUUCCUUUGGCAGAGAAACCAGGAAGAUUUGCUCCGAGAAAUGAUAGCAUCUAACAUUGAGGCCAUUAUCAUCAAAGUAGCAGCUUUGGGCUUAGAUCCUGAUAAGCAUCUUGGGAAAACCCUGAGUGAAAUGGAGCCACACCUUUUACAGCUUUCUAAGAAGUAUGGUGUCCACGCAUGUGGGGAAGGUGGCGAGUAUGAAACAUUCACUUUGGAUUGUCCUUUAUUUAAGAAGAAAAUCAUUCUGGACUCUUCAGAAGCAGUCAUCCACUCAGCUGAUGCAUUCGCGCCUGUGGCUUAUCUGCGGCUUUCAGGGUUGCACUUGGAAGACAAGAUGUCUUCAGUACCUGGAAAUGAAGAAACAACUAACUAUAUACACAAUUCUUGAAAUUUACCCUCCAUUUUAAAAAUUGCUAUGAC